AACACGCAUGACGUCAUAAUUGUUUUGAUCAUUUUCGCUGAUGUCAACCGUUUAUGUGCAGACAUUCAUUUUGUGUGGAAUUCUUCAGUUAAUUACGUUAAGAUGAUGGAUUUGAGAGGAAUACAGUUUAUUUUAUGUUUGUCCGUACUCUCAUCAUGUGUUGUGGCACAGAUCAGCAUUCAACCACUGACAGACCUAACCGUCAAUGAGGGAAACACAGUCCUGCUUGACUGUGCUCUGCGAAACAUCCCAGGCAACCCAGACGACAUUCUUCUCAUCUUGUAUCAUGACGGCAAAGCAAUCGUCGUCAACAAGCAACUGGCUGUUAACAAUCCCAACUAUCUACUGGAUACGAGUGUGGUUGGUCACUGGAAGCUGACGAUACAGGAAGCACAGAUUGAGGAUCAGGGAACAUGGAGCUGUCAGGUGCAACUGCCUAACGAGGUGUCACAGCAAAUGAGGCUGGUGGUACUCGCUGCACCUGUUAUAACCUCAGUUACACCAGACAUGGCCCCAAUGCCAGGCUCUAUGGUCACUCUUUGGUGUAAUGCCACCGGUAGUCCAGAGCCAUCGGUCACUUGGACUCGUCAGCGACCGGCCGGCAAUCUUCCGUCUGGUGUGGAGUUUGUGACUGGUAACCCGCUGGUUAUCAGUGAUAUCACCAAUGAUUGGAGGGGGUUGUACCAAUGCUUUGUGACUAACGGGAUCGGACAAGGAGCGGUCACUGCACCUGUCUUCUUGCAGAUGGAGUAUUCCCCCAUAGUGAGAGCUUUAAAUGAGUUAGUUGCUGCUCCCAUUGGAGACUCUGCCCAGCUACAGUGCAUCGGUGAAUCCUUCCCAGCUGUCAAGAUUGUAGACAACGUCCAGUGGUUCAAAGAUGAUCGUCUUGUGGGUGCCAGUGAUGGUUAUCAGAUGAGUGUAUCUCUAGAUAUGGACAUGGAUCCCUACAGAGAGACGUCCAUUGCUACACUCAUAGUCACAUCAGUCAGUAAUCAGAAUGUGGGCAAAUACACCUGUCGGUUGGAGAACUUACUGGGAUCUGCUCAGGCUGACGUAAGGCUUGAAGUUGGCAAGCAGAUUGACCCAGAAACUGGUGCGUCAAGAAGCAAGGCCUCAAAUGUCCUGGCUGCCAUGGCAACCAUUAUGGCUUCCAUCUCCAUGGCAACAGUUCUGAUGAAGUUCUGAGGAUGCAGGGUCGCCGAGGUAACGGAAUGUGUGGGGAUGAAAUUAACCAAUUAAUGCAAAAGUACUCUAACCUACUAAGCAAUAUUUAUACACAUAGAUGCCUUAUAUAUUCAUUAUUGCACUACAGUUUUAUAUGUCAAGACUCUAAUACGUGCAUAUAUUUUUUAAUAAUUACUAAGACGGCUGAAUGAAAAUGAUAGCUUGUAAAAUGAUGAUAUUGCCGUGUUGUGAUGAUAUUGCCAUGUUGUGAUGAUAUUGCCAUGUAGUGAAAGAGAGAGAUUUGCCAGACACUUGAAGCAAAUCAAGCUGUGUGCCCGCGGCCCAUGUCAAGACAUCCUAAAGGCUUGUCCAUGGUCACAUCAAACAUUUCUUUUAUACCAUACACACGGAAAACAUUGUGCACAAGCUGUGUGUCCCAUAAACUCAAGCUCUUGUGAGUAUGCCACGCAUUAAAGCUUCAAACUAUUGAAAGAGUCCUUGAUCAAUUGGACCCAAAAUGCUUACCUCUGAUUUUAACAGUUCUAAUGUUUACGUAGCGCUUUCCAUCGUAUCAACAAUCUCAAAGCAACAAUUAUUCCCCUGUUUAUCAGGCAAUGAGACUAUGUGGCAGCCGAUAUCAGCGCACAUUCGGUCCUCUACCCUCACAGGUACCCAUUCGUACUCCUGGGUGGAGAGAGGCAAUUGUAGUUAAGUGUCUUGCCCACGAGCACAAACACCAUGUUCCUGGCAGGGUUCAACCCACGCACCUUCGUACAUGAGUCAAACACCGUAACCACUGGACCAUGGCAUUCUACGUUUUGUGCAAGGCACUCAGGAUGGGACAUGCAAAAUGAUGGUAACAAAAGGAUGACAACAGCUCCCAAUAGAAAGUGUAUUUUGUAUCAUCCUUUGUGGUUUUUACAUGUACAGGAUAACAUUAAAAUUGUUUACACUGAGUAGCUUUCAGUGCAUGGGAAUGCAGUACAUAGCAGCAAUGAUAUCCAACUGCCUGUCAAAUCUCAAUCUGUGUCAUUAUUAAUUGGGAGGAUAUUUGUGCAUGGAGUUGGUAGGUGUGUGAAACAAGCCAACAUGUAGAGCUUGCAAAAUCUGUUGAGUUUCUGAGCCCCGGAUGGGGCAAGGGGAACAAAUCAAAGUUGAAAUAGGAGGGGAAACUCAAGGGAGGGUUGUAUGGGCUCCGUGUGGGAACAAGAGAGGGCAGUAUUUACCACUUUCAAGACCCCCAUGGAUGGGACACCCAGUGAAUGUACUGGUAGCGUCGUGUAUAGCACAAAGUUCGCAUGACUACUUGUCUUCUGCAUGUGUGCGAGCGUCAGGCAUUGCUGUGUCGCCCAGUGGUCGUCUUCAACUCUCCCAUGCUUACUUGUGCAAGGAGCCCAUAUGUAGACCAACACUGCAGGCUGUUAAAGGGAAUAAUUAUACAACAUUUGCAAACACUGAAAAACAAAACUACCACACUUUUACAAAAUACCUUACUAGGAUGUCGGUAAAUGACAGUCUAAAGCAUCUUGUAAAAUUAUGG